GUAGCUAAAGGAUACUCUCAGAUGCUAGGAAUAGACUUUGAUGAGACUUUCAAUCCUGUUCUCAAAUCAACCACACUUCGCUUGGUUAUUGCAUUGGCAACCAUACUUCCUCGGCCUCUCAGACAAUUAAAUGUGAAGAAUGCAUUUCUUCAUGGAAAACUUAAAGAAAUAGUCUAUAUGACUCAACCACCAGGUUUUGAAAACCCAAAGCAUCCUAAUUAUGUUUGUCAACUUAGCUCAUCCAUCUAUGGCCUUAAACAAGCACCAAGGGCAUGGUUUGGUACAUUCACUUUACAUCUUUUGAAAUUGGGGUUUAAGUGUAGUCCAAUUGACUCUUCUCUAUUUGUGCUUCAUACUAGUCAAGGUAAUGCCCCACUACUCCUUUAUGUUGGUGACAUUGUUCUUACCGCGAGUUCAGAAAUCUUGCUACAAAAAAUAAUUGAUCAUCUUAUGAGUGCGUUUGCACUCAAAGAUCUUGGAACACUCAAUUAUUUCCUUGGUAUCGAGGUUGUCAAGUUUAAUGGGGGAAUUUUCUUAUCUCAAGCAAAGUGUGCAACUGAUCUCCUCACUCGGAUUGCUAUGCUUGAAGCCUCCAUUAUAUCAAAGCCAUUGGCUGUCAAGGAAAACACCACUUCAAGGGAUAAGGAGCUCAUUGAUGCAAAGGAAUAUAGGAAAAUUGUUGGUGCUCUACAAUAUCUAACUAUCACUCGAGUUGACAUUUGCCAUGCCAUUAACAAAGUAUGUCAAUUUAUGCAAAGUUCCACUCUUACUCAUUUACGUCAAGUUAAACGGAUUUUAAGGUAUAUUAAGGGUACACUACACUAUGGCCUUUGGUUUUAUUCUAACAGUCCUUUGUCCUUAACUGGCUUCUGCGAUGCUGAUUGGGUAGGCUGUACAACUACAAGAAGGAGUACAACCGGUUUCUGUAUUUUCCUCGGAGCAAACUGCAUCUCUUGGUCCUCCAAAAAGCAACUAACUGUUGCACGCUCCACUGCUAAAGCAAAGUACCAUGCAUUAGCUUCCACUACGACUGAAAUAGUCUGGAUUACCUAUCUGCUACGAGAUAUUGGAAUUUCCUUAUCAUCACCUCCUCAAUUGUUUUUAGAUAACAUUAGUGCUCUCUGCAUAUGUCUAUCAAUCCAGUUUUUCAUGCCCGAACCAAACACAUUGAGCUAGAUUACCAUUUCUUUUGGGAAAAAGUGGCAAUUGGUACCCUGGUGACAAGAUAUAUCUCUAGCACCGACCAACUUGCAGACAUACUUACAAAGCCACUGCCUUAUGCAUAGUUUUAAGCUGUUAAGAUUCAAACUGGGCGUGGUGCCUCACCCCACUACAGUUUUGAGGGGGAGUAUAAAGACAAAGGAAAAAU